GGGCAGUGGGGAAAAAUGCACACCCAGCCACGGAGCUAGUCAGAGCAGGAACAGCGAGGAGCCGGAGCGAGGCCGGGAGUCUGGCGACAGGCAGUGGGGAGUGGAAAUUUACAGCUGCUUGUGAGCGCCUGUGCAUGUUCAAGAGAUCCUUUCUGCUAACGCUUUUCCAGAGGCUGACGGUCACUCGGCAGAAGAAGAGCGGGAGGCCGAGUCGUGGGAUCCCUUGCCUCUGCCACGUGUCGAUAAUCGGCAGGGGGGAAUAAAGCGGAAUUAAAUGGAAGAUAACUGAAGGCGGCUGCUGGCGGCGUGGGCUGCGGGGAGGCGGCAGAGCUGUCUUCAGCACCUGGCCAUGGGGCUGCGCAGGGCUGCCUAGGAGCCCCCCACCUUUCCGCACGCAGCAGUCCUCUUCUAUCCUGAAGGAAGAAAUCCAGGUGAAGAAAAACCAUGCCUUUGUUUAGUAAAUCGCACAAAAAUCCUGCUGAGAUUGUGAAAAUUCUGAAAGAAAACAUGGCCAUAUUGGAAAAACAAGAAAAAAAGACAGACAAGGCAUCGGAGGAAGUGUCAAAAUCUCUGCAAGCAAUGAAGGAAAUUUUGUGUGGGACCACAGACAAAGAGCCACCUACAGAAAUUGUGGCUCAGCUGGCACAAGAGCUAUAUAACAGUGGCCUUCUAGUGACACUUAUUGCCAACCUGCAGCUGAUAGAUUUUGAGGGCAAAAAGGACGUUUCCCAGAUAUUUAACAACAUCUUGAGAAGACAAAUUGGCACACGCAGCCCUACUGUGGAAUACAUUAGUGCUCAUCCACAUAUCCUAUUCAUGCUUCUAAAAGGAUAUGAAUCCCCAAAUAUUGCCUUACGCUGUGGAAUUAUGCUGAGAGAGUGUAUCCGGCAUGAACCCUUGGCCAAAAUCAUACUUUUUUCGGAACAGUUCAGAGACUUUUUUAAAUAUGUGGAAAUGUCAACAUUUGAUAUAGCUUCUGAUGCCUUUGCUACAUUCAAGGACCUGUUAACGCGACACAAAUUGUUGGUAGCAGAAUUUCUGGAACAAAAUUAUGAUGCGAUCUUUGAGGAUUAUGAAAAACUCCUUCAUUCUGAGAAUUAUGUAACAAAGAGACAGUCUUUGAAGCUGCUGGGUGAAUUGAUUCUGGACCGACACAACUUUGCCAUCAUGACAAAAUACAUCAGCAAACCAGAAAAUCUGAAGCUGAUGAUGAACUUGCUGCGAGAUAAAAGCCCCAACAUUCAGUUUGAAGCAUUCCAUGUGUUCAAGGUUUUUGUGGCCAGUCCAAACAAAACACAGCCUAUUGUGGAGAUCCUGUUGAAAAACCAACCUAAGCUAAUUGAGUUUCUGAGCAAUUUCCAGAAGGAGAGGACGGAUGAUGAACAAUUCACUGAUGAGAAGAACUACCUAAUUAAGCAAAUCCGAGACUUGAAAAAGCCAACGGCAUGAAGAACUCCUCUCGUUUUCCACUGUAGGCAUUAAUCUCAUUUGUUAAGUUCCUCUGUGUCCCUUAAACACCACAAUAGUGCUUGAGAAGGCACAGCAAGUGCCUGGUUUUUAUUUUGUCUUUGUUCCUAGAUGUCAAGAGUAUAGGGGUUUUACAUGAAAACUAAAAAAACAAAAAUCUAGAAUAAUAUAUUAUUUUUAAUCAAGACUAUAAUUAUUUAUGUCAGUUUAGAAUCUCUCUGUAAUAGAAGCUGCUUUGAUGGAUUUUCAUUUGUGCUCAAGAAGAAUGAACCUCUUUGCUUAACUUUAUCAGCAAACUCAAGCUGUUGGUGAGUGCACAGAGUAGGUCUUCUGAGGACUGUAACGUUGUUCCUUUGCACCUGUAAUUGUGACUUUGUUCUAGUGCUGCACACACACAAGACUGUGAAAGAGUACGUUCGUCUCUGGAGUUAGCUGCACUUACAGAUCAGGUUCUUUAGUCAAAACAGCAGGAGAUGAAAAAGCAGUAAAGGUCACGUUUUUGCUCUAUUUUUGUGUUCUUUCAUCUUUAAGUUUUCUUUUCCCCUAGAUCAGAGGUUUUCUAUUCAGUGCUAGGGAAUGGAUGAAGACAUCAGCCAGAUGAGCUGUUUCUGCCUGCCUCCCAUUUUCCUGUACGUGGUCUACCUUAUGCUAGAGCACAGGCUAUUCCCACGAGCUCCCAAGCAGGCUGAUGAGGAGCAGCCCCAGGUACACGGCACCCAUGGACCCCCCAAUGGGAAGAAGGCAAGAGCAACCCCCUCCGUCAAGGCCCAUGCGGUAUUGCUAAUACAGUGAUCCUGCAGCUACAAAAAUCAGCAAGAAGCCUGUCCCCAGUUUCAGUGGGAAUAAUACUGGGUGGUGGCCAGAGCUAUGUGGCUGAAUCGUGCCAAGCGCUGAGCCCCAGCACCAGUGCGAGAGGAGGGUGCUCAGCGUCUUCCCAUCCGGAUUCAAAUCCCGGUUGUGUGAGGCAGGGUUGAGCCGAGUUCAGCAAGGGGAUGCUGAAAUGGCCUCAGCCUGAACCGCUGAGUGGCCUGGGGUCCCCGAGCCUGCAGGUGCUCUCAAAGCUGAGAGCAUUUACUGGAUACCGAAAUCAAGUGUGGGAGGCUGUUUAGCAGCUCCAGGCACCAGCGGCUACUUGCAGUCUGGCGUUGUCUAUCCUUGUUCAUACCGAUGUGAAUUCAGGUUCUGUGUUGAAGUUGUAGAAGGGGAAAUUGUUGCACUGUUAAUUUUUUAAGUUUAAUAAGCUCUGUGGUCCAAACAGUGUUUCCCAGGUGUGUUUGAAGAGUUUUUGGGGUCUUUCGUUUUCUAGUGGGAAAUGAAAAUGUUACUCUGAUGCUUUAUUAGGAAGUGGAGUUUGAGAGCAGGGAGUGGAAAUUUCUUGACUUUUUCUGGACAGCCUAAGUUCUGAGUUUUCCUAUUUGUUGUAAGACAGUUAUCUAGCUAAAACUCUAGCUAAUGCUUCAGAUAAAAAGGUGACACUGAAUUGUAAAAACAGAACAAGACUUUUUUCUUCAUAAAACUGUUGUAUAUUGGGGUGACUGAUACUUUAAUUUAUGUGCUUUAGAAAAGGGAUGAAACGGAACAGAUUGCGGACUCAUUUUUUUCAGAUGUCAGAUAUACACAACAAAUGUACAUCUUAGUUGCCUGGAAUUUAAAAAAAUAUUUACAAGCUAUUAAAGGCAUGAUUACUGA